AUGUCCAGCACCCAGUCCCGCAUCAACCACGUCAUCCAGGCCGCCAACCUCCUCCCGGUAAAUGGCAGAUGGGCCACACAGGUUCAUGAAUGGUUACAGGAGGACGUGCCGUCCUUUGAUUACGGCGGAUACGUCGUGGGAGAUGCCGUCAAGAGCGCCACCUUGCUCAUGAAAAGCAGCGAGUGCAUUCUCUCUGGGGUUCCGUUUGCGGCAGAGGUUUUCAGAUUGUGCGGCUUGGAGGUUGAGUGGUUGUUCACCGAGGGUGAAUACUUGACCACCGCGAACAGCGACGUGAAGAAGUUGGCUGUGGCCAGAGUCACCGGACCGGUGAAGAACUUGUUGAUUGCCGAGAGAACCGCGUUGAACAUCUUGUCACGUUCGAGUGGAAUUGCGACCCAGUCUUACAAGACCCUUUCCAAGGCCCGCUCUCUCGAACACAACUACCAGGGCAUCAUCGCCGGGACCCGCAAAACCACCCCGGGUUUCCGCAUCUUGGAAAAGUAUUCCAUGCUUGUCGGGGGUGUUGACCAGCACCGCUACGACUUGUCGAGUAUGAUCAUGUUGAAGGAUAACCACAUCUGGGCCUGUGACGGGCGGAUUGCCCAUGCGAUCUCCAAAGCCCGCGAAGUCGGUGGCUUCGCCGUGAAGAUCGAGAUCGAGGUUUCCAACGAGGCUGACGCCGAGGAGGCGAUUGAGAACGGUGCUGACAUCAUCAUGUUGGAUAACUUCUCCACCGAAGAGUUGAAGCAGGUUGGGAAGAGAUUGAAGACCAAGUAUGAACAGUCAGGGCUUAACUUCUUGUUGGAGUGCUCCGGUGGCUUGAACAUUAACAACUUGGGCGACUAUUUGAGUAACGAUAUUGAUAUCUACUCCACGUCGUCCAUCCAUCAGGGCACCGGUGUCAUUGAUUUUUCCUUAAAGGUCGACCAUUAG